UUAACCAUUCAGGGUUAAAUCCAUUUAUCGAAGGGCCAAUAUGCUUAUUUCAAUAUUCAAUGGGUCUUGCCUUGAAUGUACUAUUAUCAGUGUUCUCAGGCUCUUUUGGCCUUUCGGAUAUUAGUAACCUCAACCAAAUCUGUGACGUCAUACGCAAGUUCGUCAGUCUUCUCGAAAAAAUUCACAAGGUAAGAUGUCUUUAAAUUUCGCUUCACAAAUCUGUAUUUCGGCCCGUAAUUUGUCAAGAUACUAACGUUCAAGUAAUUUGUGGUGACAAAUAUGAUUGUUGAAGCGGUAAUUAGGUAAACAAAAUGAUCCGAUGAACGAUUAUUCUUGUCGAUUUGUGGGGAUGGUAUACAAGCUUCAUCCGCGUGCAGACAGCAGCAUGUCCAUCGGUCUACACGUAAUUUCUGGCGUAUUGAUGCAUUUUUCUAUUUCUUAACCUGAUAUAUUUUUGUUUUGUAUUUACAUUCCGAGCAAUUCGGCAUGCCAAAAAGAAAAAAUCGAGAGCCGGCCCAGCCAACGACGAGGUCCAAGAGGCAACCCAGGCACCACCAUGGGGCAGUUGCUGCUAACCCCCAAGCUCAGUCAGCACCCAUAUCUAUUGACCCUGUGGCACCAGCACAGACGACAACAUCGUUGCUCUCCAGCGAGCAGUUGCAACAAGUGUCCCAAGCGGUGGCGGAUAUUCUAGGCCAAAAUCGGACACAGCCAAUGCCCAUCGAGCCGCUACAGCCAGGCAUGGGGACGCAACCAAUGCCCAUCGAGUCGCUACAGCCAAGCAUGGCGGGCCCUGAUCAAUGUACAGGUCCUAGAACGAUAUGGAUCCUUGGUUCUUCCAUUGUCAAGCAUGCAUUUUGCUACGCUAGAAAAUCCCAGUAUGGUGCCAACCUAGAGCUAGAUCGCCAUAAUGCUACCAUAUUUUGGCAAGGCAAAGGGGGAAUGAGGGUGGAAGAGAUUUGUUCAAAAGUUAGAACACUGCUUAAGGUACAAAAUGCACCCCAUAUGUUAGUCAUCCAUUGUGGUGGUAACAACAUCCCCGCUUCCAAAGGGGCUAAAAUAGGUGAUAGGCACGCUAAAUCAGCCGACCUGCGUGACAAACUAAAAACCGUGAUAGAAAAACUAAUUCAAUUACUACCUUCCACCAUAAUUAUAUGGUCCCAAAUUCUCCCACGCCUGCAUUGGAGGGGGGGUAUUAAUCAGCCGGCCAUGGAGAGAACUAGAAUGCGGGUUAAUAGUUAUGUGGCUACUCUUUUAAUCGGGUUGGGGGGAAAGUACAUCAGGUACCCUGAAUUACAUAAAGCCAACACAGGCAUGUUUUGCAAAGAUAAGGUCCACCUUUCUGGAAUGGGAAAUGACAUGUUUUUGUACAGAUUGCAACAGGCAUUGCAAGCAUUUUUGAAUGAUUCAAGUGUCAAAGUGUCACCUAGAGUUGGGCAAAAUGGGCCAUGGCUGCGCUAUGACUAAUUGUUGGGUCAUAGAUUAUUUGUUCAUAGACUAUUGAAGGUCUAUGGUAUUGUAAUUUCACACCUAGUAUCAUUUUGUGGUAUUGUCUUGGUCAUGUGAUAAGAUCAAGUAUUUGAAUUUGCCUUUAUUACAAUUUUUUGUGGCAAGCUAUUUCAUUUUCUUGUGGCAUGAGUGCCAUUUUGAUUUUUGACAGCCCAUUAUUUUGUUUAUAACAUACAAAAUUUACUCAAAUUGACUUUAUUCUUUAUUGGGUCCAAGCUUAACGGCCGGGGGAUUGCCCUACUGGUGGCGCAGCCUAUGCCUUGGCAUAGUCUCAUGGCGUCUAUUUGGCUCACCAGUAGUGCUCAACUAUCUCCUAUUUGACAUUGUAUUUGCAUUUUUAUCUAUACUAGGUGAUCAAGCAGGUGAGCAUCUGUUCCCAGGGCUCACCAUUCUUGCUUGUAUUGUCUGGGGAUGCCCAACAAGGCAAUAAUUGAUGCCUGGCUCCCUUAUUGUAAGCAGCCGUGGCCUAAAUCGCCAAUAAAAUCAUUAUGAGGUUAUGUUUGUAUUGUUAUUUUUAUUACUCCUAUGCAUUAGGCAUCUUUGAUAAUAGGAUUUAACCAUUCAGGGUUAAAUCCAUUUAUCGAAGGGCCAAUAUGCUUAUUUCAAUAUUCAAUGGGUCUUGCCUUGAAUGUACUAUUAUCAGUGUUCUCAGGCUCUUUUGGCCUUUCGGAUAUUAGUAACCUCAACCAAAUCUGUGACGUCAUACGCAAGUUCGUCAGUCUUCUCGAAAAAAUUCACCCCUCCCUCCCAAACCCGUCAAUUUUUUUUUUCCCCAAUGUAAAUGUUUAAACGUUUGCUAUACUUAGUUCCGCUGCUCUCUCGUGUUUUUCUUGUUAUAAUUUCAGAGAAACACUCAUUGGUCCAUCUGAUCUUCCACCAACCCAAUCGUCACGGCUGUAAACAAGUUUACCAGGAGUGGGAGCUCUCCAGGUGUCUAUUUGGCUCACCAGUAGUGCUCAACUAUCUCCUAUUUGACAUUGUAUUUGCAUUUUUAUCUAUACUAGGUGAUCAAGCAGGUGAGCAUCUGUUCCCAGGGCUCACCAUUCUUGCUUGUAUUGUCUGGGGAUGCCCAACAAGGCAAUAAUUGAUGCCUGGCUCCCUUAUUGUAAGCAGCCGUGGCCUAAAUCGCCAAUAAAAUCAUUAUGAGGUUAUGUUUGUAUUGUUAUUUUUAUUACUCCUAUGCAUUAGGCAUC